GUGGGUGUAAAGAUGGCGGCCUCCUUGGUCAGAUUUGUCCGCAGCGGAUUUGGCAGAAGCUUAAACGUUGCCAGACAGAGCGCUGCGAUUGUCCAGACGAGAUCAACAACAACUGAGAGCAGGCCUACUGUAAGGCCCAAGGAUCCAGUCACCCACUCCCAGCUUUCAGAGUUUGGAGAAUACGUCGCAGAGAUUCUCCCCAAAUAUGUGCAGCAAGUUCAGGUGACCUGCUUUAAUGAGCUGGAGAUCAUGGUCCACCCAGAAGGUAUUAUUCCUGUUCUCACCUUCUUGAAGGAUCACACAAAUGCUCAGUUCCGCAAUCUGGCUGAUCUGACAGCUGUGGACAUCCCUUCAAAGCAGAACCGCUUUGAGAUUGUGUACAAUCUGCUGUCCUUGCAUUAUAACUCUCGUAUCCGAGUAAAGACCUACACGGAUGAGCUGACUCCUCUUGACUCCUCUGUGCCUGUGUUCCAGGCGUCUAACUGGUAUGAGAGAGAGGUUUGGGACAUGUUUGGAGUUUUCUUCACAAACCAUCCAGAUCUGAGACGCAUCUUGACAGAUUAUGGAUUUGAAGGCCAUCCAUUCAGGAAAGAUUUCCCGUUAUCUGGAUAUGUGGAGGUGCGCUAUGAUGAUGAAGUGAAGCGGGUUGUGGCAGAACCUGUGGAGCUGGCUCAGGAGUUCCGUAAGUUUGACUUGAACAGUCCAUGGGAAGCAUUUCCUGCAUACCGGGAGCCUAAAGAAGCACCCAAGCUGGAGUCUGGGGAUAAAUCAGAAAAAUAAACCUCUAUGUGCUGUGACGCUGGAGAGCUGUCAUCAUACCCUCAGAUUAAUCCUCUGAACAUUAUUUAUGUAAAUAAACAUUGUGCUACAUCUAAAUAAAACAUUGAAAAUAA